UACUUGGACUCGGCAGCAUGGAAACCAAACCCAAGCCUCAAGCUCCAAGAGCCCUGAAAGUCUCCAACAAGACCCCAGACACGACAAACAGCUAAUGUCUACAAAGAGUCAAUUCUUUUACUAAAAAUCCGAUUCUUCUUUAAACCUCUGUGUCGCGGUGUUUUGUCUCUUUGCCCUUUGUUUGCUUCUUCUUCCUUCAUUCAAUUCUCCCGUUUCCCUUUGGCCUUUUUAAGUUGGAGUAAUCUCUCUGACGCAGGGACUUUCUGCAGGAUUAGAAGCCUCUCAUUCUUCUUGUCAUUUUCUCCUCGACUAAUUUCACUUGCACUUUAAAAGACUCCUUUUUUUUUUUUUUUCCUUCUUCUACUUAACCAUUUUUCGUUCUCUGAAAUUCGAUCUUCUAUUUCACCAUGAUGAACUGAGAAACAGAGGAUAAAGGGGGAAAGGGGCUUUAAUUUCCAACCGUGUGGGGCCCUCUCUCUCUCUCUCUCUCUCUCUCUCUCUCACAGAGACAGGGAGAGAGACAAACGGCGUUGAUGUGACUUAGGUUGCUUAGAGCUGCCGGAAGUGGGAAGGAAUGGUGAGGAAACAUGGAUGGCAGCUGCCGGCACACACCUUUCAGGUUGUUGCUAUAACUGUCUUCUGCUUAUUAGUGGUUGCGUUUUACACUUUCUUUGCUCCUUUCCUCGGUGGACGAAUUUGGGAGUAUGCUUUGCUUGGAGCUUAUUCACCUGUGGCACUUCUUGUUUUUUUUCUUUAUGUUCGCUGUACUGCAAUUAACCCUGCCGAUCCCGGUAUAAUGUCAAAGUUCGAUUCUGAUAUAUUGAGUAAUACGAGCCCGAAACAUGGAUUAUCUUCAAAAGGCCUUUCCAGAAGGUUUGAUGAACCCGGUACUGGUGCACAGUCUUCUCCAUCGUCAGUUUUACGAAGUCCGGUUUCCGCAUCCAACUCUGGUAAGAGGAGUCAACUAGAGGCCGAGAGAACGGAUGGUCGAGUGAUUUCGUCUAGAAGAAAGUCGUCUUGUUCUAAGAUUGGAGGAUUCCUCUGUGUGCUGUUUGUACACCGGGAUUGUCGGGGAGAGGAUAGUGCGGUGUCUCAGCAGGAAGGUGCAGCCGAAGACGCUUUGUUCUGCACAUUGUGCAAUGCUGAGGUACGCAAGUUUAGCAAACAUUGUAGAAGUUGCGACAAAUGUGUGGAUGGAUUUGACCACCAUUGCGGGUGGCUCAAUAAUUGUAUCGGACGAAAAAACUACGUUACCUUUAUAUCCUUUAUGGCCACCAGUCUUGUCUGGCUUGCUAUUGAAGCUGCAGUAGGGAUUGCGGUUUUCGUGCGGUGCUUUGUGAGUAAGAGGAAGAUUGAGGCCGAAAUAGUUGAUAGACUAGGGAAUGGUUUCUCUCGGGCCCCGUUUGCGUCUGUCGUGGCUGUUUGCACAGUGCUUUCGUUAUUGGCUUGUGUGCCGUUGGGCGAACUUUUCUUUUUCCACAUGAUACUGAUUAGAAAGGGUCUUACGACUUAUGAGUACGUUGUUGCGAUGAGGGCAAUGAGUGAUGGUGCAGCGGGAGAAUCUGUAGACGAGGAACCGGGAGUCAUUCUAUACUCUCCAUCGGGGUCCGCUACGACUGGACUCAGCGGGGGAAGUUCUCUAGGCUUGCAGUAUAAAGGAGCGUGGUGCACCCCUCCUCGGGUGUUUGUUGACUAUCAGGAAGAAGUUGCACCUCAACUGGAACCGGGAAUGGUUCCAUCGACAGUUGAUCCGGAUGCUAUUGGCUCGGGGGAAAAGGGUAACAAGGCACCUAAACGAGCUGUUAAAAUCAGUGCAUGGAAGCUGGCUAGAUUAGAUUCCAGUGAGGCCAUGAAAGCAGCAGCUAAAGCUCGAGAAUCUUCAUCUGUCUUACGUCCUAUCGAUAACCAUCACUCGUUGGAUCCUGAUUUGAGCACAAGCGAGAACACGAGCGUGAGGAGCAGUAUGAGCGCUGAUACGAUUGGAAAUAAAGAAACGAGAAAUGAACUGCGAAUUUCUCCUUUGUGUGCCCCGAGUCAAGGCAGCCGGGACGAGUAUGAAACCGGCACCCAAAGUAUGAGUAGCUUUAGCAGCCCUAGCCACGCUCACGGGCCAGUCACCUUAACAGCGAUCCCACCCGCUCAAGGUUUCCCCCGACCCGAUGCCACGACUUCGGUACUCCGCCUUCUGUCAGAGCAGGCGAGCGGUCCUGGAACUGCAUCGUCUAAUAGCGCCACCGAUCCAUUACUGCUUUCUGCUGCCGCUCCAGCAGCUUCUCUCCUCAGAGACAUCAAACGAACGUCUGUCGUCUGGGACCAGGAAGCCGGGAGGUAUGUCUCGGUUCCAUUAUCAGCUGCAGAAGCUCGCAACAGACCAGCUCCGCGAGGAGGAAUCUCGAACCCGAAUGCAGGACCUACGCCUCUGCCUCGAGAACCCUCCAAGCCUGCAGCAAAGCAUCCGGUUCAGCAGUCGGAGAAGCUAACAUACACAGGGGAGUCCAUCUUUUUUGGCGGGCCACUUUUUCGCGGUCCUGAGGGUUCGAGAAAUGGACAAGAGAGGCUACUGACAAACGUUGCUCGGGAAUCUAGAUUUAAGCGAGAUGCUACGUCGUUGCACCAGCUCCCCGUUUUUGUUCCCGGAGAUCAUCUAGAGCCAAAUGUUUCGUCGAGAUCAGGCCUCAGGUAAUUCUUGUAUUUGAUCAUCCAGGCAGCAGAGCAGCAUAAAGAAGCUAGAGAUCAUUAAUUUGCAACAGAGAGACCUGGUUCCUGGCUUCCAAGAGUUUCUUCUUCCAUUGAUUUGCUAACAUGUAACACGCUUGUAAAUCGUAGCAGAAGACAAGAUGAACGUUGAGAAUCUGAGAUCAGAACCAUUUUUCUCUAUGAUUUAGCUUUAUUUUUCAGUAACAUAUCCACAUGUGCCACA